GGAGGAGGAGGAGGAAGAGGAGGAGGAGGAAGAAGAGAGGGAAGAGGAGGACGAAGAGGAGGGGAGAAGGGGGACCGCGCGGCGGCGGCGAUGUCCCCGCAGGGUUGGUGGAGGCGCCUGGCGCCGGGCGCGUAGUGCGCUGCGGGGCGGCAGGCGCGGAGGGGUUUCAGAACCCACUCUUGAGUGCCUCUGGAGACCCUGCGCAAACUCUGAAACCUCUGGCUAGAGGGGUUGCAGCUCAAGCCUCGAGUGCAGGCAGAAAAGCCAGAGCACUGCCGGGGGAUGUACCAACAGGAAGACGACACCAGCAGUGACAUGACCAGCGACGACGACAUGAGCCCGAGCAGAGGAGAAACACCCCCACCUCAGUCGGUCUGCUCUUCCAGCAAUGACCAGGACCAGGGUCAGAGCCAGGACUGGGCCGGGGAAGGCCGAAGUGGAGACGAGGAGCCUCAAGGCCACUGGUCAUAUCCCAGGAGUGCUAGAAGUAGGCUGCUCCCGUGGGAUCCAUCCCUUCCUGGAGUAGAAGACGAAGAUACAAGCUUGGAGGUGGACAGAGAUGACAAUGGGGGUGACAACGGGAAUGCCAUGGACUGUGAGGCCCAGCCCCAGGAUGACGAGUCCUUCCAGAAUGUCAUGGGCUUCAAGUUUGACUGGAAACUGCAGAACCCAAUCCAGGAUAACAUGGAGACCUACAGGAAGCUACUCUCCCUUGGGAUACAGCUUGCUGAAGAUGACCGCCAGUCCCACAUGACACAGGGCCACUUGCUGAGGGUCGCCAGAGACACCUACCCCAGCACCAGCCAAGGUCUGUAUACUGUGCCUGAAGCCCAAAACUCAGCCCAGCAGCAGGAGGCCUGUGAAGAGGAACUUCCCCAUGGGAUGAUCAUGGAAGAUGUUGUCAGGGAUGUGUCCCGCUCCAAGGGGCGUGGCCACUCCAAGGCUGGAAGAGCCAGGGGGUCCAGUGAGCAGCUGCAGAAGUUCCCCAGAAGGAGGAGAGUGCUGGAAAAGAAGAGGCACUGCCAUCUGGACUCUGAUGGGCAGGACCCUGAUGACUACCACAGAGGCUGCGCUGGGCAGAGACCUGUUGAGUGCGGUGGUGAGGUAAAGAAAGCCACCAGCCCACAUGGCCCGGGCAACCCCAGCACCCCCUCCAUCUCAGAGUCGCCCCCUGUCCAUUUUGGAGCCAUGCCGUAUCUGUGCGACGAGUGCGGGAGGUCAUUCGGUGUCAUCUCGGAGUUUGUGGAGCACCAGAUCAUGCACACCAGGGAGAACCUUUGCAGCGAUGAGCAUACGGACCAGGAUGACAACGAGGAGACGGAAAUGCCCAGCCCGACCUUCAGGGAGCUCCAGAGGAUGUAUGGCAGAGACAAAUUCUACGCGUGCAGGAUGUGCGAGCAGACCUUCCUUCAGAGCUCCGCCCUGAUGGAUCACCAGGAAACACACAGCCCAGAGGAGCACCGGCGAGCAUGGGAGCGCCAGCAUAAGCCCAAGCCCCAGCACCAGGACACGGUUAUGCCCCGCUCCAUCCUCCGUGGAUCUCAGAAAAGGUACUGCCAAGAGAAAAUCCACGAAGGCGAGGCUUGUGGCAGGCAGUCUUUUCUCAGCAGCACUUCCCUGAAAGAGCAUCAGAGAACACAAAGAGGAGGCCCAUUGGAGACUGAGAAUUGGGUGUGUGAGCAGUCCGGCGUUCCUGGUCGGUCAUGUAGAAGGCGGCAGAAGAGCUACACCACAGAGAAGGUCUGCGACCUCACAGGUGGCAGGGAUGCCCUGAUGCAAAGCCUGGACCUCAGCACGCCUCAGAAAAUCUGUUCUCGAAAGAACUCUGCAGGCAAGGUUUAUGAGAAACAUGAGAAACUUGUCAUUUACAGAGCGCCUUUUCCUGUAUCUCAGAAGAGCCCCAUGAUUACCAGGCCCCCCGAAGACGAAGAGAAGGAGGAAGACGAGAAGAAGGUGUUCACCUUCAGUGGCAAUCCUGGUGAAGACCAGGAGUUUCCCAUGGUGGAAAAUGUCCUUGAGGGGAAACCAUACGAGAAGCCUGGCGUUCACAGUCUGGCCUCUGCCCAAGCUCAGAAGUGUCACAGUGCGGUACAGCUCAUAAAAGCCAAGCUAAUGGCAGAGUAUCCCUCCCAGAGCUCUGUGGCUGUUAAUGACCAGCAAAGCUGUUGUGAAGAGGACACCUGGGAAAGAGAAGGUUACAGGAGGCCCACUGUCCCUCGCCUCGCUUUGCCCUCAUGUCACAGAAGGAAUGAGCACAUCAGACGUGGUGAGAAGAGAGAAUCCCCCAUUUGUAUCUCUGACCUUAACAAUAAGUUGAAGAUCCCUUCCAAGGAGAGCCCCUAUGAAGCAGAAGAGACUAACAGCUAUGAGGACCCUGUUAUGUGGGACGCACCCCGCGCUGAACCACCAAGAAGCCUUGCUGGAGGAGGAGCUGGUAUAUUUAAGCAGGAUGGCAUAGCCACUGUUCCUGGGUCAGAUGUCCGGGAGUACCAGAAAGCUCGGGCUAAACAAAAGUAUCUUGAGCCCAGGAGAAAUGAGAGCUCUGCAAUUCAUUCCCUGCUGCUGGGGGAGCGGCCCUCAGCCUUCCCUGGAGAGAAGCUCUGCGAAUGUCAGGAGUUUGGGGAGCCCUUCACUCACGGCUCCAGCCUCACCGAGCACCUAGAGAGUCACAACAAGGAGAAGCUUUCUGGGAGCAGGAACUAUGAGCCAGCUGUGAUCUGCAGCUCACCCCUUGUCGACCCCCAGACAAGCUACACCCAACAGGAGUAUGCUGACGGGCAGGCCCACCAGAAACCCGAGAAGCUCCCGCAGCGCAAUGUUACAGGCAGCAGCCCUGCUGCACUUUGGAGAGCUGAUUCCCCAGAGGAGCCCCACUGUCGGACCAUGGAAGACGCUGCCGUCCAGGUCUCAGACUUGGAGGAGUCUGAGGAGAGUGACUCUGAGGAGGACACAGUCUGUGGGCAUCAGGACUCCGGGCCAGGCUCUGCAGACCUCUCAGAUCUUGAGGGCCAGCAGGAUGACAACAGCUGGACACAAGUGGCUGGAGUUCACUCACAUUCCGACAGUGAGCCUGAGGAGGUGGGUGGUGGAGAGAGCGGGGAGGUUUCCCCUUGCGGUGCCUUUCACCUCAGGCCCUGGGAGACCCGCAGACAUGGCCAGAUGUGCUUCACACAGGGGCCCAAGGACACAUUUGUGAGCCUGCGGAGGAGGCGCGCUGCCUUGUGGAGCCGCGCCCUUGCACGCUCAUCUGCUCAGUGCACUCAGUGUGGACGCAGCUUCAUCCGCAGCUCCAUCCUGCGUGUGCACAUGCAGCAUCACAGGGACACGGCCAUGCCUGAGCCAGAACUGGAGCUGGAGGCCGAGUCCCUGCCAGAGCCUGAGAUGGAGUCAGAGUUGGAGUCCGAGCUAGAGUCAGAGCCCGAGUCUGAGCCGGAGCCUGAGCCUGAAGUGGAGUCAGAACCUGGGUCCGAGCUGGAGCCGGAGCCAGAGCUGGAGUUGGAGCCUGAGUCAGAGCCUGAGUCUGAGCUGGAGCUGGAGUCGGAGGCUGAGUCCGAGCCUGAGUCUGAGCUGGAGUCAGAGCCAGAGCCAGAGCUAGAGUUGGAGCCUGAGUCUGAGCUGGAGCCAGAGCCGGAGCUGGAGUCAGAGCUUGAGUCUGAGCUGGAACCAGAGCUGGAGCCAGAGCCGGAGUCAGAGCCUGAAUCUGAGGUUGAGUCCGAGCCAGAGCCGGAGCCAGAGCUAGAGUCAGAGCCUGAGUCCAAGCUUGAGUCCGAGCUGGAGCCCGAGUCAGAACCAGAGUCGGAGCCUGAGUCGGAGCCGGAGCUGGAGCCAGAGCCAGAGUCACAGCCAGCACUUGAGUCGGAGAUAGAGUCAGAGUUUGAGUCACAGCCAGAGCCAGAGCCUGAAUUACAGUCGGAGCUAGAGCUGGAACCAGAGCCUGAGUUGCAGCUGGGGCUGGAGCCAAAGCCAGAGCCAGAGCUGGAGCCUGAGUUGCAGCUGGAGCCAGGGCCUGAGUUACAGUCAGAGCUGGAGCUGGAACCAGAGCCUGAGUUGCAGCUGGAGCUGGAGCCAAAGCCAGAGCCAGAGCUGGAGCCUGAGUUGCAGCUGGAGCCAGAGCCUGAGUUACAGUCAGAGCUGGAGCUAGAACCAGACCCUGAGUUGCAGCUGGAGCUGGAGUCAAAGCCAGAGCCAGAGCUGGAGCCUGAGUUGCAGCUGGAGUCAGAGCCUGAGUUACAGUCGGAGCUGGAGCUGGAACCAGAGCCUGAGCUGCAGCUGGAGUCAGAGCCUGAGUUGCAGCUGGAGCUGGAGCCGGAGCUAAAGCCAGAGCUGGAGCCUGAGUCACAGCCAGAGCCUGAACUAGAGUCAGAGUCACUGCGAGAGCCAGAGCCAGAGCUAGAGCUGGAGCUGGAGCUGGAGCCGGAGCCCAAGUCGCAGCCAGAGCUGGAGCCAGAGUUGCAGCUAGUGCCAAAACCCAAGUCACAGCCACAGCUGGAGACUGAGCCCGAAUCACAGCCAGAGCUGGAGGCAGAGCUGGAGCCCAAGUUGCAGCCAGAGCUGGAGCCAGAGCCCAAGUUGCAGCCAGAGUUGGAACUAGAGCUGGAGCUAGGGUCACGCUCAAAGGAGCUGCAGGGCAGCGAGGCCAGGGAGAAGCUCUUUGUGUGCGCUGCAUGUGGAGGCCACUUUUUCACAGCGAAGGAGCUUGGCGAUCACCGCACCCAGGCCCAUGGAGAGGAGGCCCAGGAGCCUGGGCACACCUCUGUAUGUGCUGCAUUUCUCUGCGAGCCCCUCAGGAAACCUGCAUCACUCUUGGACAGUGAGGGCCAUGGGUCAUCCGAUGUUCCUGACUUGGACUUUGCCAGUCAACAGAUGCAGGAGGAAAAAGCUGUCCCCAUCCCCGAGGGCGAAGCUGGUGUCCUUGUUCCACGUGAAGCUCCACAGGUUCAGGAGUUAAAGGAGGAAGCUGCUGAGCCGAAGCCAGAGACAGCCGAGCCCAACAUAGAAACUGUUGAGCCCAGAGAGGCUGCAGGGCCAGACGGAGAGGCUGCUGAGCCCAGUGGAGGGGCUGAGGAACCAGACAGGACAGGGAUGGAAGGCCCUGGAGAAAGGGCUGGAGAGCCGGUGGGAGAUGCUGACGAACCCCACAGGGGGACAGAGGCCUCGGAAGACGGAGGGGAUGGUCUGGAGAGCCAGCCCAAAGGACCAGGCAGCAGCUGCCCCAAGUGCACAGGCGCCUCUGCCUCCAGCACAACCUUGGGUGAGCACCUGCAGAACCAUGCCGCCACAGUCAUCCUGAAGCCCGGGAACAUCCUGGGCCAGCACCUGGGCGACACCAAGCACGCAAGCAGUGGUGUGGGUACACAGCAGGCUGGUGAGAAAUCCUUCAAGUGCAGGGUCUGUGGCCAGCUCUUCAGAGACACAUCCCUCACUGGACACCAGGUCAUUCCCAGCGUCUGAGUGGGGAGGCUGGAAAACCUUUGCCUAGACCCUUCGGAAGCCCUGGAGAAGUUAGCUGACCUGUCAGACGUCAGUAGGAAACUAACUUAGUGUGUAUAGCCCUGACUCUGCCGCCAUAGCUCAGGCCUGGUAUGGAGACUCCUCCACCCCAGCUCCCUGCCCCAUCUUCGGUGCACGGCUGUGGAAGAGCAACUGAGUGUACCUUGCUUUCAUCUGUGUGAGCAGCUUGGGGACCCUGUGAACAUUCCAUGCUGCAGAAACUGCCCCGUCCUCGGUACACAGUGCUGCUAGGCAAAUGUUGACCGCCAAGCAGGUCCCAGCGAGGCGAUGAUCACAUGGACUUGGACCUCAUGCUGCACAGUUCUGGUUUACUCUGUAGAGCUAACUUACUGGUACUCUUGAUUUUUUUUUUAAUUUUUAUUUUUUUGGAGGAGAAGAGAGCGACAAAUUCCUAUAUAUUUGUGUCUUAGAUCCUGGGAAGGUUUAUUGUGCAUUUGAACCCUGUCAGUAUCUUUUUACCUGUUUUUAUUCCCUGCUCUCAGUCUUGUGAAGCUGUAGAUAGCAAGGUAACAUGUGUUUUCUUCUUUGCUGUUUGAUAAGACAAACAAUUCUAGUUUCCUCCUACAGCCGUUUUGUCCUUACCGAUGCCUUGGGACCUAGUGUUUCCUGUACGUCUUUACAAGCUGCGGGCUGGCUUUUCUGGCCCAAGUCAACCUGCCACCCCAUUGUGGGCACCUUGUGGUGGUUCUCAAGCAGAUGUAUUACGGUGUGGGGUGUUUUUAAAGUUUUUUUUUUUUUUUUAAGCAAGUCGGUGUGUGUUCAGUGAAUUCAUAAAACCUGAAGCUUUUCCCUAUAAACUCUAUGCCUUCGCCUUUAAAGAGUGGGUGCGGCCGUUGCUGGGCUGGAGUUCGGCCCAGUGGAGGCCAAGCACCAGCAGAGGCUGCCUUGCUGUAGCUAAGGAAGCCAGAUGGAGACCUUUCCUCACUUCGCCUGCGCUUCCCGCCUUAAGAGACUGCAGCACCAUGGCCGGCCCCUCCGUGUGCUGCCACAGGUCCAUUUGCUCUUGGGGUGGCCAGGAGCACAUGUCCUUAAGAUUGCUAACAUCAGUGUACCUGUUCUUUACCUGUCAGACUUUGGCUCCAUGGUAUCUUGUAUUUAAAAAUACUAAAAAAAAAAAAAAAAAAGCUUUCUUUACAAUCAGCCCACGCUUAACAUGGACUCAGGUUCCCCAGCAGCUUUAAUUUGUUUUGUUACCCUCUGUCCCUUUUCUUCAGCCCCUCCGAUUACCUGUGAGGUGUCUGUCCCUGUCCUGCUGGUCUGAUCUCCGUCACGAGCUGACCUCAUGGCUUGAGGUUUCCGUGUCCGGCCCUGGGGCCCACCUGUGCUCCUUCCCUUCCUCUCCCUUGUAUGACAAGCUGUUCAGUACUAUGGUGGCUGGGGAAAAAAAUUAAAAAUAUAAAAAGAACUUGAAGCAGAUCUUUCAGUGAAAGUCAGUGAAAAAUAGGGGCAGAUGACUCAAGCAAACAAUCUGCCAGGGGAUAUGUGUCUGCAUCUUCCUCUCUAGAGCUGCACGCCUGGGGCUCAUGCAUGGGCAGUGUGCAAGCUGUGCCAGUGUCAGAGUCCAGGUGGCACAGGAAACUGAGAGGAAGAUGCAGAAAUGACUAUGCCAAAUCAGGGAUUCCUGAUCCAUCGCCAGACUAGGAGGGAAAGGAUACACAGAAGGAAACACUGGAAGUAGGUGCCAGAUGUAAGCCCAGGGUGGAAAAGGUGAGUUGAGUGGAGUGUCCUGGGCAAUGGGAAGGUGUCUUUGACAGCAUGGUACCAGUGAAGGGCAGCUGCAUACAAAACCCAAGGUUGGAGUGGGCAUUCAGGGAACUGCGGGGCAGGGAAGUACUGCAUCAGAAGGGAACUUGAAGUGGGUUUCUGCGCUUUUGCAGUCAGGACAGAUUAUUUGGCCAGACUGUUACUGUGCAGUGUAAAUCACUAGACCCUUCUCAGAAAGCAACUGGUCAAGAAGAUAGAAUGUCUUUCCAAUCUUGACUGUAUGGAAACAAUUUAAAUGCCAAAUUAUAGAAGAAUGAUUAAGGUAUUCUUGGACUCGUAUGCAGCUGUUUAAUAAUCAUGAAGAAUUACAUAGCAGUGUGGAAAUAUAUUUGCAGAAUAUUAAGUGGAGAAAGCAGGACACAAUUAUAUUUAUACUACAAUUAUAACUUAAGAUGUAUGCUUGUAGUCAAGCUAUUGUGUUGUGGGUUUAUAGUUAAGCAUUAUUUUCUAAAAUUUUUUGAGUAUUCAUGGUAGUGUUGUUAAAGUUAAUGAUCACAUUUCCAUUGUGAACAUAAACUCAUUGUCAAACACUUGGAAAAUACAGAAAAGUGGAGGAAAAAUAAUCCAUAUCUCCAGUAUCUGCAGACAUAAACCCUUCAGUAUCUUGUUUAUUUUUGUUUUUGUGCACAGAUUUAUAACUGUCAAAUUGUGAAUUGAAGAUAUCAUAUUACUCUUGUGAAAUUAUACUUAAUGUUAAAUUUUUUAUAAUGUUCAUUAUAGUGUCCUGAUAAAAAAGUUUAUAUGUCUCUAUUAAAAACAAAUAUGUGUCUAGAGGCAAAAUUAGAAAAUAUAGUAAAACUAGAGAAGAAAACUUCACCCGUAUUCUCAACACCCAAAAAUACUGUGAACAUCUUGAUUCGUUUGCUUCAUCUGGAGUGCCCAAGCUUGUGAUUAUAUCUGUGUUAAAUAUCUAUGCGUAAAGUCUAAAAUGAAAUGUGAAAAAUAAUUAAAACAGCGUUGUCAUGGUUAGAUAUUUUGUCUCAAAUUUCUUGGAUAUUAGUUGGAUCCAAAUUUCUUGGAUAUUAAUUUUAUGUAUGUAUUUUUUCAUUACAAUACAAUAUAGAAAGCUUGGAAAUCUAAUAAAGCAGAAGAAAAAGUUUCAUCCUUGUUUCCAGCAGCUGCUGUUGACAUCUCGAUCUGUGCACUGGUCUCUAUUAGGAUGUUAGUGAGAGUAAUGGGAAGAAAUAUAGAAAACAACCAAGAAACAGUUAUGUGGUUAUCGUGGGAUUAUAGAUAAGUAUAUCAUCUCUGUUUCUUUGGUUUUUAUUAUAGAGCAUUGAUAGCCCACCUUUAUGACAUAUAUUUCCAUUAUAUAUGUGUACAUGUUCAUUAUAGAAACUUCAGAGUUGUGAAAAUAUAGAAGAGUAUUUCACCCAUAUUUUCACUAUCCAAAGACUGGUUAAGAUCCUGAUUUUUUUUUAUCUUAUUUCUGUUUGCAGGUUUUUGUUUUGUUAUGGUUGUGGUCAAUUAUCUGUAAUUGUGUCAACAAUAAAAAUAAAAGAUACUUCUCAGUC